AUGUUCGUCAUCAAACGAGAUGGACAAAAGGAGAGAGUCCAGUUUGAUAAAAUUACAGCGCGAAUAUCGCGUUUAAGCACCGGCCUUGCUCCGCAUAAUGUCGACCCCGCACGCGUCGCUCAGAUUGUUAUUCAGGGAAUAUACCAAGGUGUAUCGACUGUCGAUCUUGAUAAUUUGGCAGCAGAGGCAGCUGCUUCUUUAACAACCUUGCACUCCGAUUAUGGAGUGCUUGCUGGACGUAUUAUCGUUUCAAACCUUCACAAACAAACUGAAGAGCGCUUUUCUGAGGUAGUCAAAGCACUUUACCAUUACUAUAAUCCACGGGCGAAGGAGUUGUCACCUGUAGUUUCUAAGGAGCUUUAUGACAUUGUUAUGGAGUAUGCUGCUGAGCUCGAUGCAGUUGUGGAUUCUGAUAGAGACUACGACUUGACAUACUUUGGAAUCCGAACUCUAGAGCGUUCUUAUCUUUUGCGCAUAAACAACAAGGUUUCAGAGCGCCCACAACAUUUACUAAUGCGCACUGCUUUAGGAAUUCACGGAAAUAAUAUACCUCGUGUUUUGGAGAGCUACAAUCUUAUGUCGCGUCGGUUUUUUACUCACGCCUCGCCAACUUUAUUUAAUGCCGGAACGGUGCGCCCACAAAUGUCUUCAUGUUUUUUGGUGGCUAUGAAGGAAGACUCUAUGCACGGCAUUUACAAUACAUUGACUACAUGUGCACUUAUAUCUAAAUAUGCUGGCGGUAUUGGAUUGCAUGUUCACAACAUUCGCUCUAAAGGGUCAUAUAUUUCCGGAACAAAUGGUAUAUCAGCCGGUGUGGUUCCCAUGUUGAAAGUAUUUAACGCGACAGCCCGGUACGCAGACCAAGGCGGUGGUAAAAGACCCGGUGCGUUUGCUAUUUACCUAGAGCCGUGGCAUGGAGACAUUUUGGAAUUUCUGGAAAUCCGAAAGAACCAUGGCAAUGAAGAAAUGCGGGCGCGAGACUUGUUCACGGCACUUUGGAUACCUGAUUAUUUUAUGAAAAAAGUGGAGAUGAAUGAAAUGUGGUGUUUGUUUAGUCCCCAUGAUGCACCCAGACUUGCUGAAACUUUUGGCAAAGACUUUGAAGAACUGUACGACAAGUAUGAGGCUGAAAGCCGCUAUCAAGAGAAGAUUAGCGCACAAACUUUAUGGAAAGCGAUUGUGAAUGCACAAAUUGAAACUGGAGGUCCUUUUAUUUUGUUUAAAGAUGCUUGCAAUGCCAAAUCUAACCAAAGUAAUCUAGGCACCAUUAAGUCGUCGAAUUUGUGUACAGAAAUUAUUCAAUACUCAUCACCAGACGAAGUAGCAGUAUGCAACCUGGCAUCGUUGGCUUUGCCCAUGUUUGUGGACUAUAAUGAAUCAUCCGCUUGGUUUGACUUUGCAGCACUGCACCGGGUAACCAAGGUAGUUUUGCGAAACCUGGACGCCAUAAUUGAUAAAAAUUGGUAUCCAGUUCCAGAAGCUAAAAGAAGUAACAAACGACAUCGACCCGUGGCGGUUGGUGUUCAAGGAUUUGCAGAUAUGUUAUUGGCACUACGAUUGCCAUAUGAAUCAGAAAAGACGAAGCGUCUUAACGCAAAUGUUUUUGAAACAAUUUACCAUGCCGCUCUGGAAGCAUCCGUUGAACUUGCCAAAGAACAUGGUCCAUAUGAGACCUAUAAGGGUUCACCCGCUUCCGAAGGUUUUCUUCAGUAUGAUUUGUGGGACCAUAAGCCUUCUGGAUUAUGGGAUUGGGAAAAGUUAAAGACUGACAUUGAAAAACACGGAUUACGCAAUUCGUUGGUAACAGCUUUAAUGCCUACAGCAUCAACAUCUCAAAUUCUUGGAUUUAACGAAUGCUUCGAGCCGUACACAUCCAACAUUUACGUGCGACGAGUGCUAGCAGGAGAGUUCCAGAUGGUUAACCCUUGGCUUCUUAAGGAUUUGACAAAGCUGGGGUUAUGGAAUGAACAGAUGAAAAUGACAAUUUUGCGGGACCGCGGGUCGAUCCAAAAUAUUCCGUGCAUUCCCAGCGAGUUAAAAAAGUUGUACAAGACAGUUUGGGAGAUUCCUCAAAAAGAGGUUAUAAAUUUGGCGGUUGGCCGGGCACCUUUUAUUGACCAGUCGCAGAGCAUGAAUCUUUAUCUUAAGGAGCCAACCUUAGCCAAAAUGUCAAGUAUGCAUUUUUAUAGUUGGAAGCAGGGACUCAAGACUGGAAUGUAUUAUUUACGGACCGGAGCAGCAGCAGAUCCAAUUCAAUUUACUGUGGCCCAGGAAUCUGCAGAAACCCAGCAGAUAUUCCGAAACAUUGAAAUUCCGAGUUUGGAUUUGCUGGAAAUGAAACAGUAUCUUGAGAUUGAUCAUACCAACGGUCAGUCACAUGAAUCGCGAAUCAUUACAGUUGAUAGUAAGACUGGGCUUUUAGAUGUGUUACGACCACGCGGAGAUAUGCUGGGUAUACCUGGGUUUUCCCGUGAAGAGCCUCGAAGUCAUGGUCGUCACAGUCGCGGAGGCAGAAAACGAACUCGGUCAGAGGAAGGUCUAGGAAUGAGAAAUCCGCACCGGCGAAGCAAUGGCGGUAGUGGAAGUAGUGGUCUAAAAGUAGGAGGAGGAGGAGGAGGAUCACAUAAGAGACAUAGUGCUGGGUCGACGCAUGAAUUUAGGAAGAAAGUUUCAGAGCAAGACAAACAUAAUGAUAACGUUGAAACGGCUGGGAAUGAAGGUGUUGACAGGUUUCUAGAAGGUUACAGAUCUUCAAGAAGUUCCGUUCAAGAAGACUUGGAAAAGAAACGAAGCACAACACCAGAAUUUGUAAAAAACCAGAGCAUUGAGGAUAUCAAAGACCAAGAUGGUCAAAGUUCGCAGUGCUCUCUUCAAUCUUCUCGCGAAGCUUCGUGUGACAUGUGCUCAGGAUAG